UACAGGGCAGACAUUCAUGGACAAGUUGAAACACGAAGGAGCCGCAUGCAGACGUUGGGAACACUUCAAACCACUAACGCUCACAGAAAGAGUGUGUGUGUGUAUACUUGACUGAACUGUCCAAACAAAGAAUGGAUACUAAACUCCACCCUCGAGCUCUGGAGGCGUGUUACCAAAACCAGAUCCACAGAGCCAAAAAACAAAACAAAAAAAAGAAAGAAAGAAAAGAGAGAGAUCUUCAGUAACAAGUUUAACAGCCUUCGAAUUUUAAGACCAUUGGGACAUCAAAAGUUGUGUUACCUGUUUCUGACACUAAUACAGUUUCAGAGGAAGAAUUCAGAGAAGACAAGAGUAUGUUGGGCUUUUCUUAAGUUGAGCCAUGGACUGGAAGACUUUCCAAACUCUGUUAAGUGGGGUGAAUAAAUACUCCACUGCGUUUGGUCGCAUUUGGCUCUCUGUGGUUUUUGUGUUUAGAGUGAUGGUUUACGUUGUAGCUGCGGAGAGAGUUUGGGGUGAUGAGCAGAAAGAAUUUGAUUGCAACACAAAGCAACCAGGCUGCUCGAACGUCUGCUACGACCACUUCUUCCCCAUGUCCCACAUCCGCCUGUGGGCCCUGCAGCUCAUCUUUGUCACCUGUCCAUCGCUGAUGGUGGUCAUGCAUGUGAAGUACCGUGAUGAACGUGAACGGAAGUAUCGUGCCAAACAUGGCGAAAAUGCCAAGUUAUACAACAAUACGGGAAAGAAGAUUGGUGGACUGUGGUGGACCUACUUGAUCAGCCUUUUUGUCAAGACUGGCAUAGAGAUCACCUUCUUGUACAUCCUACAUUAUAUUUACGACAGUUUCUACCUGCCUUCUUUGGUGAAGUGUGAAGUCAAUCCAUGCCCCAACAUUGUGGAUUGCUACAUUUCCCGACCCACAGAAAAAAGGGUCUUUACCUACUUCAUGGUUGGAGCUUCAGCACUGUGUAUUGUGCUCAGUGUGUGUGAGAUCAUCUAUCUCAUCUCCAAGCGCAUCGUUCUCUGUGCCAACCAAUUUAAAAUGCAUCACAGAAGCAGCACGCCACUUCACGGAAGAUACAGAGACAUGGACAGUAACUGCAGUAUUCCUUUGCACGAGCUGGACUGUAUACACGAGUACAAGCCUGAGUCUAAAUCAGAGUUUAGGUCUGGGUAUAAACCUGAGUUUAAACCACAGCGUAAAGCUGAGCUCAAGCCAACCUUUAAACCAGCUUACAGGCUCAGUGUGGACAUGAUAGCUUCUGCUCCAAAUCUCUCAAUACCUAUGUAUAAGAUGCAGUCUGAUAUACUUUAGAACAUUGUUUCACAACAAUUGUCAGGUGUGCAGUGGAAAAUUAUCAAAUUCCACAAAAUUAAUAAAUGAGUGGGAAAAAAAAAACAUUUCAGGGAUCUAAACUCCUCGCCUUUUGGAGAAAUUCACCAUUUUUAAACAAUAAUCAGUCACUUUUGUGACUGUGAAGAGCAAUGAUUAAUGUACAAAAGUGACUAAUAUAGUGACUUUCAUACGACUCGCGGCAGAAUACAUUGAAGUCUAUGAAGUGUUUUUCACACACACGUUUUUGCUUCACCAAUAAUGUCUUUGAGAGUACUAAGCAACAAGAAAUAUUUAAAAACUGUCCAAGUUUGUGAAGAAAUAUUGAAUGUCUCAUAAUUUCUUAUAAUUAAAUAUGGCCUUAUUGUUUACGAAUAUCAGAGACCCCAGUUAUUUAACUAAUUUAAAUUCACUAAGAAAACGCUUCGACCUAAACAUUAGUCCUUUUAUUACUUUCUGCUAUCAAAGCAACUGCAAGCUUUUUUCUCUCUUCCAAAUACAUGUUUCCAAUGUUUAUUUUGCACACCUCCCACUUUUUUACGUGACAAACUCGUAAAAUCGCCCCUCUGUGACGCUUUCUGCAACUCUUGUCAUGUUGAGGGCAAUGCGGCGUUUGACGCUGGCGUUGAACGGAGCAUUGGCGCCUCGACUCAACUCAUCUGAAAUGCGCUUUACAGUGACGAAAGAACUUUAUUGAAACUCAAAAUUAUUAUUAUUUGUCCAUUAUUGUGGUCUUUUCUGAUAAAAGUCUUGCUCAGAAGUUUAAAUAGGUUAUUGUAGGAAAAUCAAACCAUAGAUCUGCUUUGUGUUUAUUAUUCUUAUACUGAAGUCAGUAGAUUUGUAGCCAUGCAAGUUUUAAUAAAGGAGAAGGUAAGGACUUUAUUGAAUAGUUAUGUGCCAUAGAAUUUUUAGUUGUAAAAAGGUUGAGAAACACUGCUCUAGAACAUGUUUUGGUUCUCUACCAAGUCCCCUGGAGGCAUAAAAUAGGCUUCGAUCCUGAGCUCUCAAGUUUCAAAGACUUGGUUAUUCACCUUCCAUGGAGACCUACAAAAACUGCCAAUCUUGGGUCGUUGUCAAUUGCAGCAACUAUUGCUCUGAAAUACCAGGGAUUAAGUGUCUUUCCAAUUACCAAAAUGAUGUGGCUGUAAAGGAGUUCAAUAGAAAGGAGGAGGCGAGAUCCAGCCUGGCGAUAUAAACAAUAUUUUAAUGAUUAACUUAAACAAAAGACAAACACACACACAUGACGGACAUGUCCGUAAACGAUCUCUCUCUCUCUUGGCACCACCAUCAGCAAUCGGCCUUUAUCCCUCUCAGAGGCUUAAUUAGCCUGAUAAGGGACCGGGUGUGUAAUCACAACCCGGCCCGCCCUCCGCCCUGUCACAGUAGCAUUCAAAUAUUAUGCCAAUGUACAUAUAUGCGAUAUAGGCUCAUACAAUUAAAGUUAUUGAGAUGUACAAAUAUACGCUGAAACACCUUUUACACACUGUUCACAAGUUGUGCAUUAUCCUGUUGGAUAAGACUGUUGGUAGAUAUUGGAACUGACACAAUGGGGAGCUAAUGAUUGUUAAAUGGCCAAGCGGGCGUGGUUAUCGACCGAUAAAGAUAAUCAAAAAAUGGCCAAAUAUUGACAGAUUUAUCUACUUAGCCAAUAAAUAUGGGUUAUCACUAAUUCUAAAUAAGAAAGGGGUGAAAAUUCAUUCCUUUUCUUCUAAUUUAUUCUUCCCAAUGUUAAAGCAUUCCUUACAUAAAAUGAACAAAGAGUUAUCAAAUAAUUUGGAAAGCAUUCAUGGAGAACACACCUUGCACAAACCUCACCACACUAGCACCUAAAAAGAUAGAAGAGGGAGGAAGGGAGGAGCUGCACUGUAUGUGAAAAGAUGUAACAAAAUGCCUCAUGGGUCACUAGUUUACUGAAAAAUGUUGUGCGUGUGUAUCAUUUUCUCAUGUCCUGGUAUUUGUUACAAAGAUCAGAUCAAAGAGGUUUCAUAGUUAAUGUUAAUCUGCAAUCACACAUGGACUCAAAUGGAAAACUCUGCUGAAAUAAUAAGAGGUACACUGGCAGCUAAAAGUUUGGAAUAAUGUCCUGAUUUUGCUUUUAUGGAAAGAAAUUGGUACUUUUAUUCACCAAAGUGUGAUUCAACUGAUCACAAUGUAUAGUCAGGACAAUAAUAACAUGAAAAAUGACUAUUACAAUUUUAUUUUAUUUUUCAGAACUUCUUGAACUACUUCAAAGUGUUCUCAUCAAAUAUCCUCCACAUGCAGCAAUUACAGCUUUGCAGAUUCUAGGCAUUCUAGCUGACAGUUUGUCCAGAUACUCAUGAUGACAUUUCACCCCACGCUUUCAGUACCACUUGACAUAGAUGUGUCUUGUCGGGCACUUCUCACGCAACUUACAGUCUAACUGAUCCCACAAAAGCACAAUGGGGUUAAGAUCCAUAACACUCUUUUCAAUUAUCUGUUGUCCAAUGUCUGUGUUUCUUUGCCCACUCUAACCUUUUCUUUUUGUUUUCUGUUUUCUUUGCAAUUCUUCCCAAAAGGCAUGCACUGCUGAGUCUACCCUUUACCCUUUAAUUCAAUAAAGCUGUCAGCUUAGGACAUGUGAAGCAUCUAUUUCUCAAACUAGAGACUCAGAUGUACUUAUCCUCUUGUUUAGUUGUACAUCUGGCCUUCCACAUCACUUUCUGUCCUUGUUAGAGCCUUUGUCUUUGAAGACUGUAAUGAGCAACUUUGUAUGAAAUCUUCAUUUUUUUUGGGCAAUUUUAUAACCUUCAUUCCUCAAAACUAUGAUUGACUUACGAGUUCCUAGAGAAAGCGGUUUCUAUUUUUUUGCCAUAUUUGACCUAAUAUUGACCUUAAGACAUGGCAGUCUAUUGCAUACUGUAUAUUGCAUAAUGCAACUCAAAAACAAACAAAAAGACAAUGUUAAGCUUCAUUUAAUGAACCAAAUAGCUUUCAACUGUGUUUGAUAUAAUAGCAAAUGAUUUUCUAGUACCAAAUUAGCAAUUUAGCAUGAUUACUCAAGGAUAAGAUGUUGGAGUGAUGGCUGCUGGAAAUGAGGCCUGUCUUGUUUUGAUCAAAAAUUACUUUUUUCAAAAAGUGAUGGUGCUGUAGAUUUGUGUCCUGACUAUACUUUGUGAUCAGUUGAAUGCCACUUUGGUGAAUUAAAGUACCAAUUUCCUUCCGAAACAAAAUCUGUACAUUAUUCCAAACUUUUGGCCACCAGUGUCUAUGAAAGUACCUUUGGCCUUAUAAUAUGGUAGAUCAAGAAAACAUGUAUUCCUCCUCCUUUAUUCAUUGCAAAAAUAAAUACAUUAAAAAUGUGUUCUACACUUUGUUGGAAUUUGUAAGUUUUGAAGCUAGUUUUGUUCAGACUUAUGAUCAGAUGUUAAAUUGUUUAGCUGAGAUUUUUUAUUGGUGCUACACACCCUGCCUUUGUAUCAAAAAGUGAAUCAACGCACUGACAUGCUGUUUCAUGAAAUUUUUACAUUUAUGCAUUUGCAGACGCUUUUAUCCAAAGCAACUUACAGUGCACUUAUUACAGGGACAAUCCCCCCAGAGCAACCUGGAGUUAAGUGCCUUGCUCAAGGACACAAUGGUGGUGGCCGUGGGGAUCGAACUAGCAACCUUCUGAUUAACAGUUAUGUGCUUUAGCCCACUACGCCACCAUGUACUAAUAAUGUGUAAGUAUAGUGUUGUAAAUAGUGGAUUUCUUCUAAAUCAAGAAGUUUAAAAAAGUAUGUUUAUUUAGAUAUUUUGUAUAAAUAAAGUACAUAUAUUUUAAAAAUGCCUUUCGUCAAAUUUUUGGAGAUUAAAUCUGUUCAAACCAUUGAAACAAAGAGGAAAUAUUUUGAAUUAUUGUAGAGGCAUAAAAGUGACUGCAAGCCUCUACAAUAAAAAAGUAUGGAUUUUGUUUCCUCUUUAAUCCUUUUUGGUUGUUAAAAAAAAAAAAAAACUUGUUUCCUUGAUCCUAAUCAGUAUUUAAUUGUAAAACUUGAAAAGUGUGGCAUGCACAAUGUCUACAUAACAUCUACAUUUAUUUUGUAACAUUUAGAAAUAAAAAAGUUCUAUUUUCCCAAUAACCAUUUAUAAUGAUGUUCUCAGUUUGCUGUGUAUGACAUAUUUUAUUAGUCUUUAUAUCUCGAAGACUAGUUUGAAAAACUUUUAUAUAAAGAGAAUCGUGAUAUGAGCGUAAAUCGAUCAUCCGUGUUCUGCUACUGCUUUUGGGUACUUGAAUAACGUAUAAUGUGCGAGUAAGGGCAGCUGGUGGACUUUCUGGUGCCCCCCUAAGGAGUUGGUGCCCUACGCAGACUGCGUAGUCUGCUUAUAGAGUGGCGGUACUGGCAAAAACUAUAAUGUAUAUUUUAACCACUUUAUUUUGUCAAAGCUCUAAUCAUGCAUGUAAAAUAUGUUUUUGAGGGUGGAUGAAUUAUGCAUCAAAACGUGUAAAUGCACCUGACUGGUUUAACAAGUUAAUUGCCGUUAAGAGAUAAACAGAAGUACUCUGUGUUACUGGUUAGUUACUUUCCUCUUUUGGCAGGAAGAAUACAUUUUUAUUUUGUAUCUGUUGUAAAAAGAGUUAAGCUUUACCUGGUACAGGGUGGACUUGACCUUAAAUGAAUAAGUUUGGCACAUUCAUUACAACAUAUUUUGUUUUUAAUUGUAAAUUAACCUUCUCCUGAUUCAUUUUGUACAGGCUGGAAGACAAAGAACAAAAUAAAAUACAAUUUCUGGAGGAUGGUUAAUGUCAGUUAUAUCACAUAAUAUCAGUUAACAACACACAAAGAAAUACAAUGGCAUUUUAUCAACAUGACAAAAGGCAACAAUAAAUUAAUGGAAGUCUAUAGG